AUGAGGUCUCCGGUCCCCGGCCAGUCCCCGGAUGGUGAGCAGGCCUCGGACAGUACACCCCUCCUGCAGGGCGCCCCGCAGGCGGAGGCCGCUCCAGUGUGCUGCUCUGCUCGUUACAACUUAGCAGUUUUGGCCUUUUUUGGUUUCUUCGUUCUCUAUGCAUUACGUGUGAAUCUGAGUGUUGCAUUAGUGGAGAUGGUUGAUUCAAAUACAACUUUAGCAAAUAAUAGAAGUUCUCAGGAGUGUGCAGAGCAUUCUGCUUCCAAUAAAGUUAUUCGUAAUCAAACAGGUAAAAGAUACAAAUGGGAUGCAGAAACUCAAGGAUGGAUACUUGGUUCUUUUUUUUAUGGCUACAUCAUCACACAGAUUCCUGGAGGAUAUGUUGCCAGCAAAGUGGGAGGGAAACUACUGCUAGGAUUUGGGAUCCUUGGCACUGCUGUCUUCACCCUAUUUACGCCCAUUGCUGCAGAUAUCGGAGUUGGAGCCCUCAUUGUACUCAGAGCACUGGAAGGGCUAGGAGAGGGUGUUACAUUUCCAGCCAUGCAUGCCAUGUGGUCUUCCUGGGCUCCCCCUCUUGAAAGAAGCAAGCUUCUUAGCAUUUCAUAUGCAGGAGCACAGCUUGGGACAGUAAUAUCUCUUCCUCUUUCUGGAGUAAUUUGUUUCUAUAUGAAUUGGACUUAUGUCUUCUAUCUCUUUGGUAUUGUUGGAAUCAUUUGGUUUGUUUUAUGGAUCUGGUUAGUUAGUAAUACACCAGAAACUCACACGACAAUCUCCCACCAGGAAAAGGAAUACAUUCUUUCAUCGUUAAAAAAUCAGCUUUCUUCACAGAAGUCAGUGCCAUGGAUACCCAUGCUAAAAUCCUUGCCUCUUUGGGCCAUUGUUGUCGCACACUUUUCUUAUAACUGGACUUUUUAUACCUUGUUGACAUUAUUGCCCACUUAUAUGAAGGAGAUCUUAAGGUUCAAUGUUCAAGAGAAUGGGAUUUUAUCUGCAGUGCCUUAUUUUGGCUGUUGGUUAUGUAUGAUCAUGUCUGGUCAAGUUGCUGACUAUUUAAGGGCAAAAUGGAAUUUUUCAACCGUAUGUGUUCGAAAAGUUUUUAGCCUUAUAGGAAUGAUUGGACCUGCGGUAUUCCUGGUAGCUGCUGGAUAUAUAGGUUGUGAUUACUCUUUGGCUGUUGCAUUCUUAACCAUAUCAACAACCCUGGGAGGCUUUUGCUCUUCUGGAUUUAGCAUCAACCACCUGGAUAUUGCUCCUUCGUAUGCUGGGAUCCUGCUGGGCAUCACAAAUACAUUUGCCACUAUCCCAGGAAUGGUUGGGCCUGUCAUUGCUAAAAGUCUGACCCCUGAGAACACUAUUAGGGAAUGGCAAACUGUUUUCUGGAUCGCUGCUGCUAUUGAUGUAUUUGGUGCCAUUUUCUUCACACUCUUCGGUAAAGGUGAAGUGCAAAACUGGGCCCUCGAUGAUCACCAUAGACACAGACACUGA